UUGUGUUGACUGCUUUCGCAUAUGUACUAGCAAGCUUUAUUAGCUAGCUUUAGACGGGUCCCCUUUGUUUUUGGUUAAAAGUAACCGGCUUUGAGGGGCUUUAAUGUUCCGUGAAGCUAAUUUAAAGACCAUCGGUAAAGCGGGAACCAGCUGGCACUUUAGCCGGACGAUGGACGAGCUGGUCCAUGACCUGGUGUCGGCGCUGGAGGAGAGCUCGGAGCAGGCGGCGCGGGGGGGCUUCGGGGAUGGGGGGGACCACGCGCUGGCCGUAGGCUGCCUGCUGAAGAGACAGGCCCGGAAACGUCGUGGGAGGAAGAGACGAUCUGACAACCCCCACCCACCCUGGGAGACUGGCCACCUCAGUGAGGGAUCUGAGUCCAGCCUGGACGAACACAAGGACUACCGCACCACCACAGGCGGUAUUGCCAGCAGCAACAGCCACGCCCGUGAUAACAGCGACUCUGAUGAGCAGCUGGGGCCCAAGCGCCGUACCCCCCUGAAUCCCGACACAGGGCGUGCCAAGCGCCCCAUCUGGCAGGAGGACCUAGGAGGAGUGCCGGGUGCAGAGGGGUCCCGUAGUUUGAGGCGACGGCGCAAGGUCAAGCGCAUGGCCGUGGACCCCCCUCUGGAGCCGGAGACCUCCAGUAGCAACACCCCCAUGCUAGGGCCCCCACCCGUCCCCAAGCCCCAUGCAGGGUGCAGGAUCCCUGGGGUGAGCGUGGCUGAAGGCAGGGCGGGGAUGGAGCUCGUUGGUGGUGGUGGUGGUGGUGGUGGUGGGGUUGGAAGAGGGAAAAGCAGGGUAAAGAAGAGGAAACUGGCUGCCCACAGGCUGGGGCUGGAGGCGACUGAUGAAGGGGUGGUGGUGGAGAGUGAGGACGCCAUUAUGGGGCAGGCGGGGCCAAAGGACAAGAUGGAGUUUGAGGAGCAGAAGGGCUCAGACGAGGACAUGAGUGACAGGUGUGAGACCAGCAGUGUCAGCAACAGUAGCGAUGGUGGACUGUACACCAAUGACGAGGGGAGGCAAGCUGAUGAUGAGCAGAGUGACUGGUUCUAUGAGGGGGACCUGGGGGGAGCAUGUGGGGUGGCGGGGGUGAUUCCCUGGUGGGAGAGAGAGGCAGGGGAGGAACUGGACCUGGCUGACCCUGUCUUCAACAGCAUCCUCACCGGAUCCUUCCCCAUCAUGAGCCCCGGGGCACAGAGAGGGUUCCAGGCCAGGCUGAGCUGGCUGCAUGGUGUGCACCAGGGCCACGAUUCCCAGGGCAGCCCAGGACAGGCCUUCAACGAGCGGCUGGGACGACACCACCAGGACCCCCCCCACUCACAUGCCCACUCACACGACCCGUGGUUUAGUCCGGGGUCUAGACGAGAACACGGACAAAUGCACUGGGACUCACGGACAGACAGAGGGCAUCGGAGGAGCUGCUCAGUGAAAACAGCCAGCAGACAGACGAGUGGUCACCUGGGGUCUCUGUGUACGGGGGAAGUCAAGAGGAGACGCAAAGCAGCACCCCUUGGCUUACCUCCACCCACAGGGGUGGUAGGUGAGAGUGUGGGGCCCAUCCCAGAGACCAACAUGGGGAACCGGAUGCUGCAGAGUAUGGGCUGGAGCCCUGGCAUGGGCCUGGGUCCGGAGGGCAGGGGCAUCACUGAGCCUGUUCGGGCCACACAGAGACCCAAGGGAGCGGGCCUGGGUUUUAACUGAGCUCCACGCUUUAGGCCCCAAACUGAACAGGCCAGGCCAGUAGGCCUCGAUGGAGAUGGACCCUACUGAGAGCAGGGAGGAUGGUGGUCAACACUUCCUGGGAAAGAAAGACUGAUAGAGCAUCAGAGCUGGAAGAAGGAACAAAUGCAAAUGUUUUACUUAAAGGAGGACGAACAUCCUAUGAUAGGGAAAGUCACAACCCUGGUUAGAGAGGAAGUGCAUGGAGUGUUAGGGUUCCCACCAGGGCUCCUGAGUGGCGCAGCGGUCUAAGGCACUGCAUCUCAGUGCAAGAGACGUCACUACAGUCCCUGGUUCCGUAUCACAUCCGCCGUGAUUGGGAGU